AAACGGGACUUGGGUAAGUCUAACUAGUAAUUUCCAUGGGAUUUCAUCAUCGCAUGCAGAGAGAAAUACUAUUCGAUACCCCUUGGACUAUUGCCUUGCAAGACUAAUAAUAACUCCAGAGAGAUCCGGUUCAUGAUUGCACAAGCUCACGGUAAUAUAUAUUUUUAGAAUCGGCCCGACUAAAGCCUAUAUCAAGGAACUUUCCAGCGGCCUUUCAGUGGUAUUCAGACGUUGACAGCUACAGAGGAACAACGUAACAACUAUAUCAUGCGAUUAGGUAAACGGAAAGCACACGAAGUCAACGUUCUGGUACACACACAUAAAAUCAACACAAAGUUACGGUAGCCGAUUGUUAACAGGUCAAAAUGACAAAGAAACGAACAUUCCUGAGGGACGUCAACUCCCUGAUAAAGUCCGUCGGGAGUGUGACAGCUGACCAGGUCCAGGUCUUGGUGGAUUCCCUAGAAGGGGAGGAUGUGGAAAACGAGCGACAUCACGGGUCCAUCAAAGUAGAAGUGGCUCCGUCAGAUGGGGCCUACAAAGGGGGCAAAUUCGAGUUUGAGAUCUAUGUGGUUAACGAGUACCCGGAAUGUCCACCAGAGGUGCGCUGUCUCACGGAGAUAUACCAUCCAAAUAUUGACACAGAUGAUUCAGACGAUGCUACAAAUAUCUGUGUCAGUCUGCUAGAGUCCGGAGAGUGGGACCCUAACAUGACCCUUGAGCACUGCAUACAGGCCGUUCUCUUCCUUUUCUAUAACCCAAACUGGGGCGACGCCCUGUCUCCGCUCUUCUCACCUGACCUUACUGAAACUGAUUUUGAAGAAAAUGUAAAAAUUUCCAUAGAGGGAGGGGAUAUUGAAGGACGCGUUUUUGAAAGAAAUUAUGGUUUUGUUGUCUCUGACAAUGUUGCAAACAAUGCUGAUGGGGCAAAAUUAACCAAUCAGGAAAUUGAGCUAAACAACAUUAACAAUGCCUUAAACAAUGUGACAAUGGAAAAUGAAACAAGUGAUCAUGAGGUAAUACCAACUGAGACUCAGACAACAGAAUCAGAAGCAAGGGUUGUAGCAGAAGAAAAUCCUGUUGAAAACAAUGUUCCUGCAUGUGAAACUGGCCAUGUGAACAUUGUAAUUCCGGCUACACAGGAAGUGGACCAAGCUGUACAGGAAGUGGAUCCAAUUACACAGGAAAUUGUUGGACAGGAAGCAGAACAAUUAGAAACCGGUCUUGUUGCAAUAUCUUUAUCAGACAAUGAAGCCAUCCUAGAGAAAACUCAGACAGAUUCUACCUCAGAAGAAACAUCGGAGCUCAUCACAAACUCGGGGGAAGUACAUGUAAAUGUUACAGAAAACGAGGUCAAUACAGACCAAGGGGAGAUAAUCAAAUCGGACACCGUUGAUAACAUUCUUAGUGCAAUGAUUUUAGAUUUUUCUGCUAUGCAGAAUUUAAAGACAGAUAAACAAGGUGGUUUUCUACAUAGAAGUUUAUCAGUUGGAGAUUCUCCGCGUGGAAACACCGUCAAGUUAGACAGGAAUGCAAUGGUUGGUGUCAGUAUUGAAACGGACAAUAAAUCGGGGGUUUGUUUAGGAACAAGAGAGGGUGAGAAUUUUUGUGACGUAAGGACAGAUAAAACUGACAUGGCUCAUGAUUCUGGGGCCACACAUCCGUUCAUAGUUGAUGACCUGCAACAGUUGUUGCCUGCUGAAGUGACUCGUACAGAUAAGGACCCGAGAGUUACCUCCCAUGACUCGUGCUGUGGAAAUGAUGUUGUAUGUUGUAAUGUAUCGUAGGCUGAGCUUAUGAAUUGUAUGUAUGUGACUGACCACUCAGUAUACCAAUAGCUGUGUAUGUAACUUCUCAGUGAGCACAGGAAGGUGACUGUAUGAGAUCGGUCAGUCAGCCCAGGAAUGGCUGUAUGUAACCAGUCUGUUGUCCAAUGAGUGGCUAGUUGUGGCUGAUCAGUCGGUCAAUGAAUGGCCAGGGUGUGACAGGUCAAUCAGCCCAUGACUGACUUUAUGUGACCAGUGACACUUUAUGUGACCAGUGACAGUUGGUGCAGGAACGGCUGUGCAAGCGACAAGUCUGUCAGUAUGGAAGUGAUUAUGUGUGUGUUUGGGAAAUGUGUGACCUGUCAGAAGCUAUGCAUAUAUAUGUACGUAGUUGCAGUAUAAGUUGGAUUGGAGUAUGUGUGCAUUUAAAAGUAAAUGUAUCGUGAAACCUUUGUAUUUGCAAACAGAAGCGUUUUAUUUCACUAGAUAUUCAUCGAUCUACUGUCAAAUCUAUAUAAAUUCAUGACCCUGUGUUAAAAUUUUGUGAUAUUUUUCUGAUGUUAAAUGACAUCAUGUGAUAUUUUAAUACUCAUCUUCAGUAGAUCUUUACUAUAUAACCACACUUAAUCUCAUUCCAUGCAUUAUUAUAUUAUGGAUAUUUUUUAUAUAUAUCUUUUCUAAUAAUUUACUAUUUUUCAUACACCUUUCCUUAUAAAUCUGAGUUUCCUCUUUCCCUACCAAAUACAGUAUUUAAUGCCAACCAUAUUUUUUUCAUUACUUUUAACUCAUUCACUCCUAUAUAAUUAAACUGGACUUACCUAGUCUUUGAUUUGGUAAGGUUCAACUGUGUUUUUAGGGGUGAAUGGGUUAAACAAGCACUAUACAAUUUGUAGUGAACCAUCAAAGGGAGACAACUCGGACUGCCUUAAGCAGUGGUUUGUGUUAUACCUGGUAAUCUCUGUUUAUUAUAUAACAUAACCAUGUCCAUGUAAAAUAUGUCUUCAUAAUAAAGACAGAUAUUUUGGAAGCAACAAGUGAGAACCGUUUCAGGAAAAUGACAAUUAACAUACAAUUUUGUACAGAGAGGACAAUAUGAUAAUCACAGGAUUUUGUACAGAGAGGACAAUACAGCUAUGCUAUAUGAUAAUCACAGGAUUUUGUACAGAGAAGACAAUACAUCUAUGCUAUAUGAUCAUCACAGGAUUUUCAGUAAAUUACAAUCAAACCUGCUUGAGAGACCAACUUUAUUAAUUUACUACCUGUGAUUUGCUCACUCACCCCUGACAUUUCAUAAUGAACUAUUCCAACCUUUGAAUUGGAAGAGUUCAAAUGUGUCUUCAGGGGUGAAACAGUUAAGAGGCAACCCUGAAUUAAAGAUAAUUUUAUGGACUUAGGGAGGGUGGUCUUUUCAUACAUGUUUGACUGUAAUUAUAGCCCCUUUUAUACAUAUCCAUGACAUCACAAUUUACAGUUUCACAACCACUUUUUUUGUACUUCAGUAGCCUCAUUUUAUGCUAGGGUUGUCCUGAUAAUGGCUAUUUAGUGAUCUAAAGUUGUCAACUAAGAAUGCACAGAAGCUGGUCUGUAGCAUCAAACUUCCUUAUUUUUGAAGUAAGAAGUUUUUGUAUAAGGAAAUGAGUCCUGGGAAUUCUUAGAAGGAGGGCUUGAUUUUAUGAACCGUUGUUUUCUUCAUACCAGUCACUUCACCAAGUGCUAGAUCAUACAAUGUUUGUUUAUAAUACAGAAAAAAAUUGUUGACAAAAUACCAUAUAUUCUGGUUUUCUUUUUACUGUGUUCAUGUUUUCAUUUAUAAUUCAAAUGAAUUUAAAAGCAAUACAUAUGCACAAAUUACAUGUAUAUGUGUUUUAAAAUUAUGAAUUAGGUGACGGGUAUGUCUAGGCUCAACAGGUUGUUCAAGAGACUGCCCUAUGGCCUAUUGGGUUUGUGCUGUAUUCAUUCUAAUAAUCACCCAAUACCAUGUAAGAGCUUCCAUCUUGUUGCCGCAAUCUACCAACAUACAUUGUUCUGUAAAAACUUGCCUUUUUAGGGGAAAUUUGAAAGGUUUUCAUUCUAAUUUUCCCAAAUUACUAAAUGCCAAGGGUGUUUAUUAUGUUGAGUACUGUACAUGAUUUUUUAUAUGGUAAAAAAGGUACAGAAUUACCAACAUAAUUGUGAGAGUGUUAUGAAAGAGAAUGUGAAAGUGAUUGCAUUUUUCUUUUUUUUUUUUAUAUAUAUUUUGCCUAUUAUUUCUUGUGUAUGAGGCAAAUUCUGUUAUAUUAUGUGAUCAGUGUAAAAAGUGACAUUGCUUCACUUCGGUUCCAUUUGUUACCUAUACAUGUGUAAGAGAGUUCGCUUGUUUAUUGAUGAGUUUUAUGAUCAUGAAAUUUGAUCAUUUUCCUAGCUGUUAUCAUUCAGAACCAUUCAAAAUGGCUUAAGUAAAUGUAAUAGGAAAGUAGUGUUUGUUAUUGUUUGCUAAACAUAUAAAUUAUUGUAUGCAUGAAGUUUUUAUUACUUAGUUAAGCUUUUAUACAUUAACAAGCUGAAAAUGUUGAUGUGUGAUGUGAGCUUACACAUAUAAAAUAAAUACAAAACAA